AUGGCGGCUGGGGCUCGGCGGCGGCAGCUCCCGGCCUGGAUGGGGGCGGCGGGGGACGGGCGGGCGGCGGCGGCCCCGGCCCCCAGCGCCGGGCGGCGGCGGGCGGCGGGGCGCAGGCCGGCGGCGCUGUACUGCAUGAACGAGGCGGAGCUGCUGGAGGUGGCCCUGGCGGUCCUGGCCGAGAAUCUACAGAGCGAGGAAGGUGAGGAGAAGGCCCGGUCCGGGAACGAGGAGGAGCAGGAGAUCCCGCCAACACCAAGCGAGGCCAGCACGGAUGGAGGCAGUGACCGCCGUCCGGCACUUCCAUCCCCUCCUGCUCCUGGUGCUGAAGCAGAGGGGACAGGCACAGAGAACUCUGAGGACGAUGUCCUGAAAUACGUCAGGGAGAUCUUUUUCAGCUAACAUCUCUGACUUCCCAGGAGAAGAGGGCACAAUGGGGAGGGUGUCUCCUCCCGCGGCCCUGGGAACGGAGGGAGGAGGGCCCGGAGGGGGCUGUGCAUCCAUCUGCUGUGUCGGUGCCCUGUGUAGCUGGUAGGAUACCCAGAAAGGCCAGGGGGGAAAGGAAGGAGGUACUCAGUUCUCCUAGUCUGUGCUGGACUCAGUAGGAUUUGGCUCCAGAUUAGGAUGUGUUUGAUUCUGUUUCACAUUUCAGAGGAUGGACAGAUAAAAGAAGACAUUCGGGUUUC